AUGGCGGCUAGGUUGGGCUCGGUGGCCGACUUGAUUUGGGGCACCGCGAGCCAAGAUGCCGAGAUUGUGCGCCGAUGGUUGCAAGGCAUGUCCAGCGCUGCAGCGGGCCGCUUUGGCUUUGAAUUCCACGACGCCGAGCCUUCGGCACUCGUACAGCACGCUGGUGGACCCUGCGGCGUCAUUGCCCCAGUACAAGCCUUUCUGCUCAAGCACCUCAUCUACCCCGAAGGCAAAGCCACGGUUCCCGGUGGCUGGCGCACCCCAAAGGAUCAGUAUGGAGCCCUUGUCUCAGCUCUGACGACCAUGCUUCUGCAAGCAGCCAUGGCCCCUUCCUCGCCCGCCAAAGACGCGCCAGUGGUUUGGCCUGCGGCAGGUGUCACCGUGGUCACCGCGCCACUCGACGCGGGAGACCAGACUCUGGAUGACUUUCACCAGCAUGCCCAGAUUGCUGUCCUCCAUGACCAAGACAUGAUCGAACCCCAUCUCCUCAGUCUACAGGCCAGCCUCCAGCACCCUUUUGCCGUCGUGGCACUCGUCUACUCUUUGGUUCUGACUCGCGGCACGGAGCGUCUGGCUGAGGACAUGGGUGUGGAGCAAGAUUCACUCAUUUCUGCCCCCUUUGGGCACUGCAACCAAGCUCUGCUCAACCUAGCCCUCACCGGAACGGCCGUGCCCAACGUGUGGGAUGGCGACAAUGACAUGGGUGGUCUCGCCUUGCGUGGCCUUCCUCGCCGCAGUACCAUUGGCUAUCUAACCUUGCUCGAGUCACUACGCUACUGUACCUGUGGCUCCUACUUCAAGAAUCCCGAGUUUCCCAUCUGGGUACUUGGAUCUGAAACACACUUUACCUUGCUUUUCAGCUUGGACUCGCGCCUCGUUGUGCAAGACUCACCGCGGCAACACGCAAGCACUGUUUUUGAUCGGCAUGAUGCCAACGCCAAUGGCUUUCUCAUGCCGGAGCAACUACCAGCUUUGCUUGAUGAGCUUCAAUUGUUGAUGGAGGACAACGAAGCGCGCACGCGGCUUGUGUCAGCCCUUGACAGGGAUGGACUGGGCAUCGUGCUCAAGCCUCAGUUUUUGGCCCACUUUUAUAAAGCUGAAGGCGAAAACGGCACCCCGGAGCAGUUUGUCGUCUAUCACUACAACGGCAUUGCCCAACCAGGCUCGGUGGUGCGCUUUGUGCGCGGCCAAGCCAAGGCUGAAAGCCCGACUGAUGUGGGCGCAACUGACGUGAUGCGGAUCCUGUGGUCCAAAUGGACAAAGCUGCAAGUCCAGUGGGACCAAUCGCCGCGGGUAACGUAA